AUGGCCGACAACGCGACGAUGCUCCAGCUCAACGCGGACCCAAACUUUCACUUUGGGCUCCUGCGCCCCAUGGCUCUGAGCGUGUACGACGGCGCCGACAUCAGCGAGGUGCUCACGGCCGCCAAGGGCAUCAUCCCCGGCGACUUUGAGAGCUUCGCGGGCGCCUUUACGCGCCUCGCGGACAACGUGUUGGCGCGGGCCAAGGGCAUCCUGAGCAAGAAGUUCCCUGUGUCGGCGCGCACCGCCUUCUUUAGCGCCGCCACGUACUUUCGCAGCGCCGACUUUUACCUGCACGGCAACCCCUCAGACCCUCGCAUCAUGGACUUCUGGGCAAAGCAGACGGAUGCCUUCGACCACGGGCUAGCGCUGCUGGACACGCCGGCGAAGCGCGUGACGGUCAAGACGUCCGACUUUGACAUCCCGGGCAUAUGGAUGACGCCCGAUGACGAGGUCAAGCGGCGGCCGACCAUCAUCAUGGGCAACGGGUAUGACGGCGCGCAGGAGGAGAUGUACCACGUCUUUGGGCUCGCGGCCCUGGAGCGAGGCUACAACGUGCUCACGUAUGAAGGCCCCGGACAGCCGGCAGUGCGGCGAUACCAGAACAAGGGCUUCAUCCCGGACUGGGAGCGUGUCGUGACGCCGCUCGUGGACCACGUGCUCAGGAUGAAGGACCGCGUAGACCCGGGAGCCAUCGGGCUGCUCGGCCUCUCCUUUGGGGGAUACCAGGCGCCACGGGCGGCCGCGUUUGAGCACCGGCUGGCGGCCGUCAUGGCGAUUGACGGGGUGUGGGACUUUGGCGGCAUGAUCCACAAGAGCUUCGGGCCGGAGCUGAUGGCGAUCCACGCCGCGGGGGACAAGAAGCGGUUCGACGAGAUCUCGCAGAAGUUCCUACAGCCGGGGGCGCCGACGGACCUGCGUUGGGGGCUGGAGCAGGGCAUGUGGUCCUUCAACACACGCUCGCCGUUUGACUUUGCAACGCUCGUGACGAACUACACGCUGGCGGGGGGCAUCGCGCAGCGCGUCAGGACGCCCACGUUUGUCGGGGACGCGGAGGACGACGCGCAGUUCAGGGGCCAGCCAAAGUUGCUGGCCGAGGCGCUGGGCAAAUGGGGCCACCUGCACGAGUUUAAGAGUGUGGACGCUAUCGGGACGCACUCGGGCAUCGGCGCGCUCAAGCAGCAGAGCGCCGUGGUGCUAGACUGGUUCCAGGGAGUGCUGGAUUCGAAGAAGGGUAGGGACGGCGGCGGCGGCGGCGGCGGCGGACGGGCAUGA